GUCCAGCCAUAAAAAGCAAAAAAAAAAAAAAAAAAAAAAAAAAGCAAAAAACAGAAAGUGGUAUUACGAAUUUACAUGUGGGACUAAAUGUGCUCAGCUGACAAUGUAAGGAACCCGAUGUGUAUAUUCCCACCGUGUGCACUGAAGUUUCAGAGGGAUGCUCCAAAACAUGCCACAAUGGCUUAGCGAUUUUUUUUUUUUUUUGGCUGUACGAAGGGCCUAUGGAAGUUCCCGGGCUAGGUGAUGGAAUCCCAGUCGCAGCUGAGGCAACGCCACAUCCUCAAUCCACUGCACCAGAGCGGGAACUCCCACAGUGAUUGUUUUGAAUAAAAGCUGCUUAAGAAAUCUACAAGCAAAAGGGACACUCUCCCACCUCCUACCGGAUAUUUGAGCUUUACCACAAAUAGAGAGGAAGCCCCCAGGGUCACAUGUCCCCAGGAGGCCUGGUGAGCCGCAGGGCCCGACAGGGAGCCCGGGCUGAAGCCUCUGCAGAGAGGGCCCCUAGCCUCCCAUUCCAGGACCCUCCUCCAGGCCCCCUCCCGGAGGCGCGCUCCGCUCCAGCUCCGCCCCGCCCCCAGGGGGAGCUCGCGCCCUGGCCUCGGAGCCAGCCGCGUGCGGGCGGGAGUGCGCGGGUUUCCUACGGAGGUGGAAGCUGUGUGUGAGCUGCGCCCCGCAGCCCGCUCUCCCGCUCCAUUCUUCCCGCAGCCCCCCCUGCUCCAACCAGGUGACUGGGGGCUCAGCGGACCCGCCCUGCCGCCCGGAAUGGAGCGGGUCCCCAUGGAGCCCAAACUCCCUGCUCCACCUCUCUUCCCGCUGCCGCCGCCAAGCCGCUCCGAGCCCGAGGGAGAUGGCAACCCCCAUCCUUGUGCACGCCGUUGGACAGACUCCGCGCCGGAGCCCCGUCUGCCCUGGGCUGCCAGAGGUCUCCACAUCCUCCUCCUCCCUACUCUACCUGAGCUUCUUCCUCAUCUGCGGGACCCUGUGCCAAGGAACCUACCCAAAUCCAGGGAUUGGGUUGGUGUCGGAUGGGGUGAAUGUCCUGGCGACUUUGAGACAGUCCUACCUGCAAGGUAAAGGAGUUAGGAAAUCAUACUGGCCUGCUCCCUGAAACAUUGGCAAGAAACUGGAAAAAGAGGCUAAUAUGGAGAGGGAAGAAGUUUGGCAAGAUCUUUGGAGAGAAAAAGGACAGAGCUGAGCAAAUCUGCCCGCCAAAAUAUCACCCCUUUUCCAUGCUCCAUUCACAACCACCAGCCCAUUUUUCCACAUGACAAUCCUCUGCAGUCCAGAAGCUUGAAAAUUACAAGCCCAAGAUUCAAGACACAUGUUUCUUGUCCAGAGUCCUGCCUGUCUAGAAACAAAGAUAAAUCAGACCUCAGAGAAUCCGUCAAGCACUAUAUCCACUGGGCCCCCUAACCAGACUAGAAGUGCCCCAGUACAUUCUGAAGGGACACCUAUCACCUAUGUCCCCUGUGUGAGGUGAGGUGAUUUUGGAUGGAGUGACAACGACCCAGUGUCAGCAACCCUUCAUCUCUGGGCGUGUCUAUGGGGUUCUGCCAAACUUACCUCCACUGCAUCUCAGACUGAAGGUUCAGGGAGCUGCAGAUGGGCUCUGCCUGUGCUCUGGCACCGUCUGGUGUCCAUGCGCUCUAACAUUAACUCUCAGCUCUUCCGCCAGUUCCCUCAGUAGCCCUCUGGGCUGCACUGGCCUUGGACACCUGCCAGCUUGAUUUUCUUCCUCCUCUCCCUCUCAGUGCACUGAAGUGCCCUAUAGACCAGGGUAUUUCUCAAAGUCUCCUAGAGCGCUCACCACAACCCAAUACAGUAAAACUUGUUGGGUCCCCACCGUUGGGUCCUGAGAGCCCUCUUAUAUCAAUCCCCCUGCCUCAGUUCAUGAUACUGCCUUUAGGUCUGCUUCCUGCAAUAGAGGUAAGAUACAUGGGAAAAAAAGGCUCAAUGGACAGAAAAGAAGGAAGUUUAUGGAGAUGUCUUGAGAGAAAAUUCACAGUGAUUUGCAUAGCUGCCAACCAAAAUAUUACAACUUUUACAUGCUACAUUUAUGAAUAACAUCCCUUAUUUGUACAUGAUACACUCACAGAGGCCUUAGGCUUGAAACUACAAGCCCAAGAUUCAAGACAGAUGUUUCUGGGUCCUGAGUUGUGCCUCUCCUGAAACAAGGGAAGUCUGGCCCCAGAGAACCUAUCAAACUCUCUGGCCCUUGGGCCACAUGACCAGGCUGGAAAUACCCAUCAGAUUUUGAAGCCACAGGCAUGUCCCCACACUGAGGUGAGAAAAUUCUGGGCCAGAGAGUCAGAGGCACCCUGUAACCAAACCCUACAACUCUGGGCACAUCCUGAGUGUUCCACCAACUCAUCUUCAACCACAUCUCUAAGCUGGAGGUGUGUCCAGGAAGCUGCAGGUAUACGUUUCUGCUGCUCUGGCACCAUCUGGCGGCCAUCAGCUCUAACAUCAACUCUCAGCCCUUCAUUCUGUUUUCCCUCAGCUGUUCCCUGGGGCUGUUCUGGCUUUAGAUCUCUGCCAGCUUGAUGUUCUUUCUCUCAUCCUCUAAGCUUAAUGAAGUGCCCUACAGACUGGGCCGUUUCUCUUUCAAAGUCUCCCAGAGCACUCAUGCCAACCUACCCUAUCAAUACAUUAAAACCCUCUGCUUCCCCA